ACAGCCCUGUGGCAAGAGCAAAUGGACACCCCCACUCUGAAGACAUGCAAGGUGGAGGAGGACCUGAGACCAUGGCCAGGGACGACAGAUCUCUUCCAACAGAGGACCACCUUCCCAUCUCUCUCGCCGCUGACUGACCCCCGCUUCUCAGACCCUCGGAUGCAUUACCCCGGGGCCUUCCCUUACUCCGCCAACACCUCCAGCACCGGCAUCAGCGGCCUCAGCAUGUCAGCCUCUUCUAGAUACCACACCUACCUGCCGCCACCCUACUCGAACAACCAGACCCAGAACUUCCAGUCCAAUUCCUACCUGUAUUACGGCACAGGCUCUGGAUCCUACCAGUUCUCCAUGGUGGCACCGGGAAACACCGGGGGGGAGCGCUCCCCUACCCGCCUGCUGUCCUGCUCGGGGGCUGGCGGCACUGGAGGGACCAACAGCCUGAUGAAUCCCGGCUUGAACAACCAGAGCGAGGGCGUGGAGGCCGACGGCAGCCACAGCAACUCCCCCACGGCCAUGUCCGCUUCAGGCCGUUUGGAUGAGUCCGUCUGGAGGCCUUACUGACUGACAGACAGCUAGACAAUCAAGAUGGUGCGGGAGAAAGUGAGGAAGGGAAAGGAAAGAGGACGAUUAACAAAAAAAAAAGCUGAACACUGAAAGAAAAGAACGAAAAAUCAAACAAAAAUUACAGAAAAGCUGCAUGUUUGUCUUUUAUUUCUCCAGCACUCGCUUUAAAGACUUUGUGUUUUACAACUCUCCCAAGACUUCCAUGUAUUUUGUACAUUUUGAGUGAACUCCUGCACCAUGCUAAAACAUGUAUUCCUAAGAGACUAUAAAAGCCUUUUUAACGGAGAUGAUGCUUAGCGGAGACUGUAAAUAGACGUGAGGGUAAGAAAAAGCCAUAGUAAAGUUUCAGGAACAUUUUUCUGACGUAAACCAAAGACAAAAGAACAAGAGACAACGGAAGUCUAAAAUCCAUCAGUGCCGCUGAUGAACUGAAGAACCGUCAAGCAGACUGUUCAGACUGAUCCAACUUACAUGGUCA